AUGGGCUUAGUAGAGCUACAAUAUGGAAUAGAGACACCUCAUCGCAUCGGUUUGCAACUGCAGAAAAAUCAACCUUACAGCUUACUAAUUUAUAUCUACUUUUACUGCCAGUCUUCGGACAACCCAGAAGAAGCAACAGCGCCACUUUUACCCUAUCUAGUUGAGCAUAUUUUAAAACUGCCCAAAUCGUUUAAGCCACCUGCUUAUAUUAUUAAAGCACUGUGGCUUGUAUUUGCUAUGUCCACUAUAUCGAAUGGCUCACUGGAAUCUCUAGGCGAGCGAGUGUACCUGGAGAAGGCGACUGAUCGUUUAAUAUCGAUGUUAUACCCAGACCCAUCGAUUUACUACACACAUAACCCUGCGUUAUUGCUUUGGGCUUUCACUUCGCAAAGGAUUUCUCAUUGUGUUAGGUUACAUGUGCUGUCCCAAUGGUUUAAAUCCGAGGACUCAUUGCCAGCAGACCUUACAACCCAGCCAAUAGUUUGGGAACUUCUCUUGAACAUUCUGAUACAAUGCAAUGACAAAACAAUAGUGGGCAACUGUAUGGAAGCUCUCCACGUGUGCCUAGAAGACGGUGACGACGACUCUAGGCAGGACUUCGCUGGACUGAUUUGGUCUAUGCUCCCUAAUGUCUUGUCGAAAGUUUUGAUAGACACUGAAUAUCAAAUAGACACAAACAUUUGCCACUUUCUCGACCUAGCAACAACUCUGCCGCCCCUAGAGAUAGACCAGAUAGUGUGUUUAAAGACUGCGGUGCUUAUAACUGCUAUAUUUUCAAAGAACCUGCCAGAACACUGCGAAGAAAGCACUAAGCAUCAUUAUGAAUACGUUUGCUUGAAACUUGGGCUAUAUUUGUUGAGUUUGAGUAAUAGUCAGAACGAUAAUCGAGUUCUGUUAACUUACACCAAUCGAGUAGGUUUUCUGCAAUCAGUUCUCGCUGCAGCUGAUAGUACCAAUGAAAACGUGUCUUGUGCAGCUUUGCAGCUUCUCUCUUACGUCAUCCACUACUUCACGAAGAAUAAUUAUCAGCCAAAAUCAGUGCUACAGAUACAGACACACUUGAUCAUCAAAACUUUAAAAAGGGACAGUACUAAUGAAAGAGGGGCUUCCUUAUUGCAAUUAGUUUAUAUGGUGUUAAAUACGGGAGCAUCUUCACCAUUAGCAUUGGCGUAUAGUGUGGAAGACCAACCAACUGUGAACAUACAGUGCAAUGCGCUAAGGGCACUGAUGUUGAGGAUACAAUUGAUGCUUUGUUGUAGGGAUUCCAAAAACCAAUCAACAGCUGGCUGGAAGACUUUAAGCUCUAUAUUCAAACAUGCUAUCGUCACUAAGAACGAUACAAAGUUGAUAGCCACACUAACAUCCCAACCUUGGACACACACAUUGAUACAAUUUCAAUUAACGCAAGACUUGACGCCAGAAUUUUUGACAUUCACACAAAAUUGGUUGACUCUGUUGAAAAUAACGAUUAAGAAGUGCCAGGAGAUGAACAAGAUUCAGCAUUGUAAGCAAAGUCUUGUGAUCAAGACUAUGGUGCUGAUGAAGAAGAAUUUAAUCGCAGAGGGCGCUUUGAAGGAGAUAAGCGAAAAGGUCUUAGUGAUUGUCGAUGACAUUUUAGAAGACUCUAAAGUUAAAUAUUAA